CCGCCGCCGCCUUCGGAGCGCAGGGUCUCGCCGCAGCAGCUGCUCGCAGCUCUCGGGGGAUCUAAUAGGGAGGCCUGUGGGCGCACGGGCGAGUGGGCCAGGACCCGGAGCGGUUGAGGAGCCGGCAGCAGCAGCGCGGCGAGCCCCGGACGAGGCGAUCCGCGCUCCUGAAAACUCGGGCGCGCGCUCGCGCCGCUGCACCCGCAUCGAUGAAGAUGGUCGCGCCCUGGACGCGGUUCUACUCCAACAGCUGCUGCCUGUGCUGCCAUGUCCGCACCGGCACCAUCCUGCUCGGUGUCUGGUACCUGGUCAUCAAUGCCGUGGUACUGUUGAUUUUAUUGAGUGCCCUGGCUGACCCGGAUCAGUAUCACUUUUCAAGUUCUGAACUGGGCGGUGACUUUGAGUUCAUGGAUGAUGCCAACAUGUGCAUUGCCAUUGCGAUUUCUGUUCUCAUGAUUCUGAUAUGUGCUAUGGCUACUUACGGAGCAUACAAGCAACACGUAGCCUGGAUUAUCCCAUUCUUCUGUUACCAGAUCUUUGAUUUUGCCCUGAACCCCUUGGUUGCAAUCACUGUGUUUGUUUAUCCAAACUCCAUUCAGGAAUACAUACGACAACUGCCUCCUAAUUUUCCCUACAGAGAUGAUGUCAUGUCAGUGAAUCCUACCUGUUUGGUCCUUAUUAUUCUUCUGUUUAUUAGCAUUAUCUUGACUUUCAAGGGUUACUUGAUUAGUUGUGUUUGGAACUGAUACCUAUACAUAAAUGGCAGGAACUCCUCCGAUGUCCUGGUUUACGUUACCAGCAAUGACAAUAAGGUGCUGCUACCCCCGUAUGAUGAGGCCACUGUGAAUGGUGCUGCCAAACAGCCGCCGCCCCCUUACGUGUCUGCCUGAGCAGAGCUGAGGGCAGCAGCUUGACUUUUUUGACAUCUGAGCAGUUCUAUUAUU